CUGUUCUUGCCAGCUGGGAAGCUUGAACUACGCCUUGUGAGGGGCAGAACGGGGAUUGAACCUACAGGAGAUCGAUCUGAAGUAACUUCAAGAGCAGGUACAUCAAGAAUGGAACCCUGAAGAUCAACUCAAGGUGGAUAGCGUGGUAAUCCAUGAUCUUGACUCCAUCUGCCGCUACUUUAUUAAAUUAAGAUAUCUGGUGUCGAAUCGUCGCCCGUUGCUGUUGCUGUUCUUUUUUAUACGCGUGUUCAGUUAUCACUCACGAGCCAAGUAAUCACGGCAAGAGAAGGAAGAAUUUGAUUUCUCAAUAGAAUGAUAGGAAAAGGCAAAGAAGAGAAGGAAAGAAGAGGGAGGGCAUGUGUUGUAGUUUUAGGCGACGUAGGCCGCAGUCCUCGAAUGCAGUACCACGCUCUUUCUCUUGCGAAUCAGGUUCGUCUAGAGGUAGACAUUGUCGCAUAUGGAGGUUCAGAGCCUUAUAAUGCUAUUCUUGACAACCAAUAUAUUCAUAUUUACAGAAUGAAACAGUGGCCAGCAGCCCGUCAAAGCUUACCAAAGAUACUUUGGCCCAUGAUGCUUGUGUUGAAGCCAUUGGUUCAAUUUUGUAUGCUUCUUUGGUUUCUUUGCAUAAAGAUACCUAAGCCUGAUAUUUUUAUAGUACAGAAUCCUCCUUCAGUUCCCACUCUGGUGGCUGUUAAGUGGGCUAGUUGGUUGAGGCAUUCGUCAUUUGUCAUUGAUUGGCAUAAUUUUGGAUAUACACUGCUUGGUCUAUCCCUUGGAAGGAAUAGUUAUUUUGUCUCUGUAUACAAGUGGUUUGAAAAUCAUUAUGGGAAAAUGGCAGAUGCUUCUCUAUGCGUAACAAGAGCAAUGCAGCAUGAAUUGGACCAAAACUGGGGAAUUAAAGCCACGGUUUUGUAUGAUCAGCCUCCUGACUUUUUUCAUCCUGCAUCUCUUGAGGAGAGACAUAAGCUGUUUUGUAGAUUAAAUAAAGAUCUCUGUCAGCUUCUUGGCAUUCGAGAUUGCAUUAGUAAUGGAACUGCAUCUGUGGAUAACCAUUGCCCAGGUGAGACUCUAUUUACGACUGAGGUUGGCUCAAGCAUAUAUUUGAAGUCAAACCGGCCUGCACUUAUUGUAAGCAGUACAAGCUGGACCCCGGAUGAAGAUUUUGGUAUUCUCCUAGAAGCUGCAGUUAUGUAUGAUAGACGUGUUGCUGCUAUAUUAAAUGAGGAUGAUUCAAUUGAUGAGGAGACCGUCUGGAAAGAUAUAUCUAAUGCAAAGCAAUGUUUGUAUCCCAGAUUGUUAUUCAUCAUUACUGGUAAAGGUCCAGAAAAAGAAAAGUGUGAAGAGAAAAUAAAAGGAUUACACCUUAAGCGUGUGGCAUUUCGUACCAUGUGGCUUUCAGCUGAAGAUUAUCCAUUGCUGCUGGGAUCAGCUGAUUUGGGUGUUUGUCUACAUACUUCAUCAUCAGGAUUAGACCUUCCUAUGAAGGUUGUUGAUAUGUUUGGCUGUGGAUUGCCUGUUUGUGCUGUUUCGUACUCUUGCAUUGAAGAACUUGUAAGGGUAGACGAAAAUGGUCUUCUCUUCUCUUCAUCCUCAGAGUUAGCCGAUGAACUCCUGAUGCUCUUCAAGGGAUUUCCUGACAAAUGUGAUGCUUUAAAAGUCUUAAAAAAUGGGGCAUUAGAGAUAGGUUCUUCAGCAAGGUGGACUACAGAAUGGGAAGAACAUGCAAAGCCAUUGAUAACUGAGGCAAGUUCCUCCUUCUGUUCUGUUCAUCUUGUUCAUAAUCUCGGUCACAUCGUGAUUCACAAUGGAACCACUCUUCCUUUCACAUCUGCUUCAUGGCAUAACGCAUUCAUGUGAUUGUGAACCUAACCAGUGUAUUUGAAUUCGCAGGCUCUAUCUAAAGUUAGAGCUUAACUAUAAGCAAAAGUGACAGGUUCUCUUCUGCAGCAAAAACAUCUACCUAUUUUUGACCAAUUAUAACAGUUGUGAAGGGAUCUCCUUCAGCGGGAAAAGCUAAGUUAUUUUUGUUAUUUAGGAUUUUCAUUUGCUAUACUUUUUUGAGAACGUACUGAAAAAGAAAAAUCUUAGAAUCUUGAUUUUGAAUUUUGUUUUAGGUUUGGAAUUCGAGAGUUGAGCCUUUUUUUGGUUA